CAUUUAUGUGAAUGACAUUGCCCUCUAAACACGAAAUUGGAAUGUAUGUAAUAAUAAGAUAAUUGUAAUGUUUUCCCUUCAAGUGGAUUGCUGAACAUUCAGACUUUGCCUGCAGACACCGUAGAUAACGGAACGAGCCUACAUAGAGACGGACCGAGAGGGUGCAGUGAUGAGCCAGAGUGGACCCACAGCUCUACUUUCUUUAGUCUACAUUGAGCGCAGAAUGGCGAAAGUCUGCAUUCUCUGAGGAAGAGGCGUAAAUUGAAAGGUCCUCACAGAUAAGACCGGAGAACGGCAGGAAUUUUACUGCAGCUCCUAAACACUACGGGAAAGCGCGGGAAUAUAUUAUUGGAGGGAUUUAUACGGAACGAAACUCAUCAAAGUCCACGUUUUUAAUCAGGAUUUGAGGACCCAGCGCCUAAUCCGACUUCAGAGACGAAAUGUGAAUCUAAAUAACUUCUGUUAAUGAAAGAUUUGAACGAAUAUGAUAUGAUCCAUCCGACUUCGUUCGAGAAGGAAUUUAGAUUGCCCUUUUAAAAUUAUUAACUCUAUAUUUGGAGGCUGUGAGCACAGUCGUUUUGCCCAAAACAUGGUGAUAGAUGUUUUGCGUUCAUUUAAAGUGAGUGUAAAAAUGAUGGUUAUCAAGGGUUGAAACGAUCUGUAAGGGGCAUCUCACAAGCCGAACACCAGAGUUAUUUUGCUUUUGAAAGGACAUUUUCAAUGCAUUUCUUCGCAAUGCGUAACGUUACCCUUGCGUAUUUUCCAAAUCCUGCUUGAAAAGGUCCGUCCCAUAGACCAGCCUACUCAACGGGAUGAGAGGAGACUAACGUUCGUUGACAAUUUUAUACAUCACAACUGAAUGUUUUGGCUGGACGGCACGGCGACAAGAGGAGCUACAUUAGACCCAUCAUAAAACAAAUAAACAUUUUAAACUUUUAUUUUCAGAACUUCGAAACUAGAGAGCGCACGUUUAGUCUGGAAUACAAGAAUAGAUGAUUUUCAAAAGACUGAGGACGACAUAAAUCUUCCACCAUGUUCAAAGGGGGCUGCGGGCUGGAGUUCCUGCUGGUUCUCUGUGGUCUGGAGCUUUCCUGGUCCUGCCCACACCACUGUAUCUGCUACACCGCGCCCAGUACUGUCAGCUGCCAGGCACACAACUUCCUGUCCGUCCCCGAAGGCAUUCCCCCGCACAGCGAGCGCAUCUUCCUGCAGAACAACAAGAUCCACCGGCUGCUGCAGGGCCACUUCAGCCCCACCACGGUCACACUGUGGAUCUACUCCAACAACAUCACCUACAUCGAGCCCUCCACCUUCCACGGCUUCGCCCAGCUGGAGGAGCUGGACCUGGGGGACAACCGUCACCUACGUUCCCUGGCUGCAGACACCUUCCAUGGGCUGGGCCGGCUCCAUGCUCUGCACCUGUACCGCUGUGGGCUCAGUGCGCUGCCCAGUAACAUCUUCCAGGGGCUACGCAACCUGCAGUAUCUCUACCUACAGGAUAAUCACCUGGAGUUCCUGCAGGAUGACAUCUUUGUGGACCUCCACAACCUGAGCCACCUAUUCCUGCAUGGGAACCGUCUGUGGUCGCUGCACCAGAACACCUUCCGGGGGCUGGGGGCCCUGGACCGCCUGCUGCUGCACCACAACCAGCUGCAGUGGGUGGACCGCCUGGCCUUCCACGACCUGCGUCGCCUCACAACCCUCUACCUGUUCAACAACUCACUGACCGAGCUGUCUGGAGACUGCCUGGCACUGCUGCCUGCCCUGGAGUACCUGCGCCUCAACGACAACCCCUGGGAGUGUGAUUGCAAGGCCCUGUCGCUGUGGGACUGGCUCAAACGCUUCAGAGGUUCUACUUCGUCCGUAGGCUGUCAGGCUCCGGCCGAGGUGGCUGGGAAGGACCUCAAGCAGCUCCGCAAGGAGGACUUCCCCAACUGCUCUGGUUCUGAGUCCCUGCACCAGAGCAAGACCUGGGCCGGGACUGAUAAGGUGUCUCUGAAGAAGGAGCCACACCCGGUGCCACCGCCUCACUCCCACCCCCACCGUCCUCACCACAACGAGUCACCACACUAUCCCUCGCCACCCUCGCCUCUGCCCCAUCCACCCCCGUCCAUAAGCGGGGAGGGCACAGCAUCAGAGGGACAACCUGGGGUGGCGCCCCCUCAGAGGCCAGGCCGCGCUCGGAACUGCACCCGCCAGCGUGUCAGGGGAGGCAAGGGGAAAGGGCAGAAUGAGGUGCAUACCUUAAAGGAGAUAGCCGAUAAGGAGUAUUCCUCGCCCGAUUUUGAAGGGGGCAAAUAUGACCACACGUCCCCGGAUGGCACGGUCACGCGGAGGAAGCAUAAGUGCCCUCCCCGGACCACUGUUCGCCCCCCUAGUGGGGUGCAACAAGCCACCAAUAGGGCCACGUUCUCCCAGCCCUUAAUACAUCUCAAUGCCAUAAUGGGAGCUUUGUUGCCCAUGACCAUUGCCCAUAUUCUCCGCUGACCUAGAGGGAGGGAUAGAUACUGGCUAAACGACAACAGUGCAGUCCUUAGACCUGCUCUAGCUCCUGCACAACAAGGUCUGUGUGUGUGUGUACUUUGUGUGUGUGGUUGUGUGUGUAAAACAUUGUGUAGGGAGCUGUUUAGACUCUGAAAUAGACUUUCAAACAUCAACAUCAAAUGUGGGACGGGGAUGUGUGAGGGACGGGGAUGUGUGAGGGACGGGGAUGUGUGAGGGACAGGGAGUGAGGAAAGACGAAAGGAAAACACAGAACACGCUUGCACUGCCACUGUUGCCAUUAUGUUCUCAUUUCCUGUUGUCAUUUCCUGUUGUCAUUUCCUGUUGUCAUUUUCGACUCUGCUGAAGCACAGAUAACGAAACUUUUUUGGGGAAAAAAGAGAUGGUGAAAUGCAGCAAUUUAGCUAUGAGACAGAUAGGCUCUAAGGAAAACGUGUUGAAGCCAGCUUUAAUUAUCAGUUCACAGUUUGUAAAUCCUUAUUGAGGGGUGAAACAGAAAACAGAUGACGUGGUGAAAGAAACCAUCACAGAGGAGUCUAGCCCAAUCUUGUGUUUCAUAUUAUUUGCCAAAUGUUUUUUAUUACAUUUAUUGCCAAUAGCUGCUGCAUAGAAUUGGGCCACCGAGGAAUUCGAGGGUAUUGCUCAUCAAUAGAGAUAAGCAGGAAGCUGCCCGGUCAUAAAUCAUAAUUCCAUAUCAGAACAGGAAUGUGCAACGCUCACUUCUUAGCAGAAGUAAUGGAAAAGUACAGAAACAGCACUGCAAAGAGCAGCACACACACAGACCAGUCAGCUCCAGCUACAGUAUGAUAACUAGGUCACUUCUGCUCCAUGCUCAGGUAACAUUGACCCCGAGCUACAUAUCUAGGUAUACAUCUUCUGCCUACUUUACAGUAUUUCUACAAUAUUUACAUUCUGCUUUAUUCAUUCCUGCUUCUAAAUGUCCUGCCUUUCUACCUGCUCCAGGUCAUUUUCUACAUGUGCUACUACAUAUUAAGCUAAUAUACCCAAGCUGCUAAUUAUCUGUAUGGAGGUGAGUGGGACUGUGGUCCACUCCCAUCUCCUUCAAAACCAGUGUCCCCCCACGAGAAGGAAGCUGUGAAUAUUGAUGGAUCUGUCUAUUUCUUGUCUCAAAAUGUUGUUUGUUUGAUUUUGCCAAGACGUAAAGAGUACCUAGAGAUGGAGCCCUAUACAGGGUACAGAGCCUUAGGGGUUAAGGGUCAGAUUGGCUAUUCUCAGUUUCCCAGUGAGGCUUUGGGCUUCGCUGAACAGAACACUCUUCAGUGUGGGCAUCCCCUCCUCAUUGAGAACGUGAGGAACAUUUAUAUUGUCCUAAUCAUUGGACAUCAAAGGAAAACAACUGCCCAACAAGACUAGAGAAAAAACAAAAACAAUAUGUGUACCUUAAAUGACUUCUGUAAUGAAUAAAAGAUUAUAAGAGGGGAAAAUGAUUGAAUCGAGCAUGGCAAACCGUGGAGCGCUCUCUUGGAAGUAAUAGAACUGCUAAAAUGCCCCUCUACACUGACUGCUGUUCUUGUCAAUGGAUGUGGGGAACCAAGAGAAAGACAAUCACUUCUAAAGUAGCAGGGGGUUUAACAGGACCAUGGAUAGACAGACAGACAGACUACUGCUGGACUACUAUCCCCCUGGACUACAGGAGCUUUUUGCCUCCGGAAAAUACAACAAUAAGUUGACGAUGUUUGUAAUAAUAAUGAUGUGAACUGUACCAUUAACAAUGACAAGAGGACUAACUAACUGCAGUUCUAAUAUUAAUCAUUUAUUAUGAGAAUAACAAUAUGACGUCAUCCACAAUGAAAACAGGGUUUCUGCUCCCCUGAUGAGGGGACAAUCUUUCUUUAAAUUCAUUAACCAUUUCAUUUUUUUUUGGUUUGCUAAAAGGAACAUUUUUAUUUCCUUUUUUUUGUUACAUCCUGUCAAACCCUUUAUCGGAUAAAAAUGCACAAUUCAGUUCCCCCUACUGUUCCCCAUCUAUCUCCUGUCUUUGCCAUGAUUGAAGGGUUCAAUAAGUCGUUAUCAAAGAACAACAGUACAAAAUGUUUAUAAAGAUAUUAAAAUCUAUAUCUUCUUAUGUUAAAGAUG